UACUUGUAAACGAAAAUAUUGGCCACAGCCGUAAACAACAUUUUUUCAAUACUCAUACCCUUGAAACCCUCAAUUUUGCGUUUAAAGUAAAAACAUAAGCUUUUGUGAAGUGUUUUUUUCAUUUUCUCGGUGAAUAUCGCAACGAAAAUGGCUUCGAAGUCGCUUAUUUUCCACCUCUAAUUUUAACAUUUUCUCUCAUUUGGUAUGCGGUGACGUCACUGUGCUCGUUCUGGAAGAACGCUACAGGACAAAAAUGGCGGAUCUCUAUGCGAAAUACAAUUGCACAUAUUGUCAGGAGGACAUCACGGGUUUGCGGGUCAAGUGUGCUGAGUGCACAGAUUUCGACCUCUGCCUUCAGUGUUUUUCUGCGGGAGCUGAGAUCGGCCCACACAAAAAUGACCAUCCCUAUCAGUUUGUUGACUCAGGAACCAUUAGUUUAUUCAAUGGCAGAGGAAAUUGGACCGCCAGGGAAGAACUCAGGUUGCUGGACGCCAUCGAACAAUUCGGUUUCGGUAACUGGGAGGAUAUCAGCGAGCAUAUCGAAACACGAACACCGGAAGAGGCGAAGGAUGAAUAUAUUGCCAGGUAUCUGGAAGGAAAUAUAGGAAAACACACUUGGCCUCCUACCGAGAGCUACAAACCAAAUCUCACCGAUCAAACUAGCUCAGAUCAUGGUCCGUUAUCUCCCGAUCUUACUUCCCGAUUGCCACCUCUCGACAUUACAAAAGAAGAGGCUGCUCAACUGGGCUACAUGCCUCAACGAGAUGAUUUUGAAUGGGAUUAUAACCACGAGGCGGAAUCCCUCGUCUCCUCUCUAUUUUUAAAUCCAGCCGAAGACGAUGAUCUCGACAUUGCUCUGAAGCUCGCACAAGUCGAUAUGUAUACGAAUAAUCUUAGGGAAAGAGCGAGGAGAAAACGUGUCGUCAGGGACUAUCAAUUAGUAUCCGCGUUUUUCGCUUCUUCGAGAAAAGAGAGAGGCGUCAAGAGGAAACGAUCCAAGGAGGACAAAGACUUUCGAGAGCGAAUGAGAGUAUUUGCUCAGUUCUACACAGCCCAGGAAUACGAACAAUUUCUGGCAAAUCUCGAAAGAGAACGCGAGCUGCGAUUGCGACUUUCUGAAUUGCAUCGUUAUCGAGAAAAUGGUGUCACGAGACACGAAGAGUGCGCGCAUUUCGAACAAGUGAUGAUCCAAGCUCAAGGUCAAACAGAAGUGGAUCACUGGACCGACAAGAAAUCUGGCAGCAGUGGGCCGUCCACAACAAUUCACCGCCAAGCCUCAAGAAAAAGAGAAGAAGAAAAAAGCUACUCUUUCACCGACCGAAAGUCCACUGCAAGAGAAUCGGCCAGCACCAGCUCCUCAAUCAGUCACAAUCGGACGACGACUCCAGCCAAUCCGUGGGUGGAGCAGGAUAGCAAUCCUGGUAUAAAUCGGCCGUUUGCCGGUUCCAAUUCUGCGGAGAGGGAAUUAACAACCACUUUCGCGUCUUCCGGGAAACCAGAGGCAUCAGACGAGCGGGACAUAGAAAUAGAGGCAGCGGCACAUCUUCUCACCAAGCAAGAAAAAACACUGUGUAUUCAACUCGACCUCAAACCGACGCAGUAUUUAACACAGAAGGCGCUUUUACUCCAGGAAUAUCUCAAUGGCAACAAGAGAUCGAACGUGAUCCCACAAUCAGAACCAGAGAGUAAAAUUCUUCAUUAUCUUGUCGCCAAUGGCUGGAUCGCUGCCAACUGAUGACCUGCGAAUUUUUAUUUUGUCCUUUUAAAAAGUCAACAACAUCUCUGUGUUGUUGUCAGCUAAGUCUUACCUCUAAAAUGAAUCCUCGAGGGUUGCCCAAUCCCGCGAAUUAUGGAACAGGCGAAAAGCCAAAGACGAGCACGCAUUUCGUCAAGUUAGAAUAAAAUGUAACUAUUUAAGAAUUUUUAGUAAUAGCCAAAGAAUUACUUUAAAUUUGAUAUAAGGAAAGUUAUUUCUUUCAAAAAAUUCUAUCAGAUCCUUACAAAUUUAUCCACAAAUAAAGAGUUAAUUUUUGAGUUAUAGAAUCUAUAACCAAAAAUUAAAUUAGAUAUUUUAUACUUUAUGGAAUUUUACAAAAUUAUGCAAAAGACAGGAUGAGUCUUGUUUAAAAAAAAUUAAUUUAAAAAAUUGCCCCAUGGUAUACAAAAUUAUUGAAAGUAUUUAAAUUAAUUUCUUAAUUCUUUUUCCCCCUUCAAAUGAUGAAUGUAUCGACAAUUAAUUUUUCGCCUGUUUCAAAUUCGCCAAUUUAUUUUUCGGCACAAAAGACACGCCAAAGUUGUAAUAAUACGAAUUAAUUACAGAAAUUUUACUUUGGAAUUUCUCAGUGCUGGAAAUUUGAUUUAAAACAGAUUGCCUCGGCUUUUGUCCGAAUGAGUUUUGUCAACUUGACAAUUAUUAUACUGUAAAUAUGAUGAGAACUAGUACCUUUCCUAGAAAAUAAUGGGCGAUUUUUUGCUCGGAAAAUAGAAAGUACGAUUAUUAUUAUUAAUAAUAAUAAUAAUGAUAAUGAUAAUAAUAAUAAUACUGUGAAAAGAGAUGUGUAGUGUAAAUUAGUUUUUGUCGAGUGAUAUUUGAACAUUGUUUUCGUGUGCGAUCAAAAACAUUUCGAUUUUGUGAAAACCUCCCACCUGAAAAAAUGUGUUAGAUUUCUACUUUCUCCAAAAGUAGAAUUUAAAAAAAAAAUUAGAUACAAAAUUAAAAAAAUAAAUAUAUAUUAAAUAUCGCCUGAAAUAGGUUUAAACUCUUCUUCCAGAAGUAUCUUUUGGAAUAGGGCCUUAAUUUUACUUCCAGAUGAAAAAAAAGGUGUGUUUGACAAUUCCGAAUUUUAAUUAAAAUUUCGGAAUACCCUAAUUUUUAUUGUAUUGAAGAAAAUCAGCAUUUUUAGAUCCGAAAUUCUCAGACGCAUCUGAUAUUUAUUUGGGGCGACUGAAAUAUUCCGGAUAAUAAUAAUUUUUGAAUGAUAAAAUUCCCACGAAUUGGAAAACUUUCUAGUUUUGAUAUUUUAUAAUUCGGGGAUUUUAUUUUUCGGGAUUUUUCAGUCUUUCGAUUUAUUUCAUUGCAAGCACCUUCGCAUCCAUUCUUUGAAAAUUGUAUUAUUUUUAAUUUUUUUUUUAAAUAUUUUUAAAGGGCUUACACAACCUGGGUGUGAGGGUCGAAUAUAUUUUCCUUUCUGAUCUAAUGGUGUUGAACGGUUAGAGAUGAGCGGAUCUCUAUUUUUCCACUGCACUCUUAGAAUUAGUACAAGAUGAACGA